AUGGUGCUGGAGAUUCAAGCGAUUAUGAAAAAUACCGGUGGCAAAAAGUCCAAAUGCCACUGGUGCAGCACCCGCAAGUCCAACGAAUAUGCUUUCGUUCCUUCCAUGGGUGGAAUGCUUUGCCAACGCUGCUUUUUCUUGGCCGAACGUGGUUGUUCGGUUGAGAUGUUGGCGCAACUUCCCAAAGUCCAAAAGGACAUGGACAAGCUCGUCCUCAAAUUCCAAAUCAUCAAUGCUUUGCAACCAUUGACCGCCUUGGAGUUUGAAUUUUGGACCGUCACCAAUGGUUGCCUAUUGUUGGACGACACCAGCAAGAAGGGAGGACCCACCAUGGCAUUGCAACGCUGCAUUGAGCACAAAAUCAUGGCUUGGUUCGACCAGCAAGAUAACGGAAAAUUGUCAAUGACAAUGAUGACUUCCGAUACCACAAUGGACCACUAUGAUAUUGAUUUUGAACAGCUCAAGGACUUUGCCACUGUGGUUCCUCCCGCCACCAUGAAGAUAGAACCUCCUCCCAAAAUCCAAUUGUUGCAACUCGGCAGUCUCGUCCUUGACACGGCCAAGGCCACCAUUUUCAAAAAUGACCCUUUUAGCUCUCCCAAGAAUGAAGAGAUUUCCAACUAUAUGAUUGAGACCGUCAUGGAGCUCGCCCGAUGCGACGCGGCAACGAAGAACGAGAUGGACGAUUGUUUUCUACCAGAUCUUCUCAUCACGGGACGCACUUUUGAUUUGGACGAGGAGGAGCCAGCAGUCUUUGUCGAAUGA